CGCCUGCGUGGCGUGCGUGCGGUUGCGGGAGCCUGUGUUCGCGCGCAGGAAGCGAACGCGGGCCGCACCGCUGCGGGUGCCACUGGCGCGCGGGAGGUGUGAGCCUUCUAAGUAGCAUAUGGCAAAAAUUUAGGCCAAGCUGUGAAGCCCCUGUGGUUAAGAACCUGUGCCUUCUGUACUUCUCUGCUGCUGUGGAUGGCCCCGGCUGUCUUGACUGCCAUUCCCAAUAGGAUGUCACUGAGAUCCCUCAAGUGGAGCCUCCUGCUGCUGUCCCUGCUGAGCUUCCUGGUGAUCUGGUACCUCAGCCUUCCCCACUACAAUGUGAUUGAGCGUGUGAACUGGAUGUACUUCUAUGAGUAUGAGCCAAUUUACAGACAAGACUUUCAAUUCACACUCAGGGAACAUUCGAACUGCUCUCAGCAAAACCCAUUCCUGGUCAUCCUGGUGACCUCUCGUCCCUCAGAUGUGAAAGCCAGACAAGCCAUUAGAGUUACAUGGGGCGAGAAAAAAACCUGGUGGGGACACGAGGUUCUUACAUUUUUCUUACUCGGCCAGGAGGCUGAAAGGGAAGACAAGGCAUUAGCAUUGUCCUUGGAGGAUGAACAUGCUCUCUAUGGCGACAUUAUACGGCAAGACUUUUUAGAUACCUACAAUAACUUGACCUUGAAAACCAUUAUGGCUUUCAGGUGGGUAAUUGAAUUUUGCCCCAAUGCCAAGUAUGUCAUGAAAACAGACACCGAUGUUUUCAUCAACACGGGCAAUUUAGUCAAGUAUCUUUUAAACCUAAACCAGUCGGAGAAGUUUUUCACGGGUUAUCCUCUAAUUGAAAACUAUUCCUAUAGAGGGUUUUUCCAUAAAAACCACAUUUCAUACCAAGAGUACCCGUUCAAGGUGUUCCCUCCCUACUGCAGCGGGCUGGGCUACAUCAUGUCCGGCGACCUGGUGCCGAAGAUCUACGAGAUGAUGGGCCAUGUGAAACCCAUCAAGUUUGAAGACGUCUAUGUCGGCAUCUGUCUGAAUUUGUUAAAAGUGGACAUUCAUAUUCCAGAAGACACAAAUCUUUUCUUUCUGUUCAGAAUACACUUGGAUGUAUGUCAGCUGAGACGUGUGAUUGCAGCCCAUGGCUUUUCCUCCAAGGAGAUCAUCACCUUCUGGCAGGUCAUGCUGAGGAACACCACCUGCCACUACUAAGCCCUUACGGCAUCCGGCAGGGAGGGAGGAAGGCACUGUGCAGAAAGGGUCAGAGUUAGCACUGCAGAAAACUCUGGAAGCUACGUGUGCUGGCUUGCCUGGACGUCACUCACGGAGCCUACCUAGACUGGAGCGCCAAGGCCUGAACUUACAGUAUUUGUUUUCACAGAGUUUAACUUGGAUCCUUUAAAAGUGAUGAUCAGGAGUCAAACAUCAAGCAAAUGAAUGGUUUUGCUAAUAAAAUCAAACGGUCAGACAGUCUGGAUGACUCAGGCUGUAGAUUAGAAUUUCUUAAGAUUUCCCUGAAAGAAAAACUAACCAUUCCACAGCCAGAAGAUAGUGUGGAGUUGUACUUAUUAGAUAGUCUAGUCACAAUGGUUCAGUGCGUAUCUUAGGUGGUUAUUAUUAAAAGAUAUAUACAUACAUAUUUCUUGUAAAAAGCUUUACUGAAGUUAUAUUGAAAAAAUUCAUUUGUAUUGUUUCCUUUGCAAGGUACUGAAUGAUGUGGACUGCAGAGGUACCAAGUCAAAUAUUAUUUAAUGUUAUUUCAACUUUCUAAGUGUUUAAAUGUUAUGAUGGUUUCAGUCUAUAGUGAAUUGCCUUUCACAUUUGAGCUUUGUUUUAUUUACUGUACUGAGCAGUUUAAUUCUGAAAGUCCCAUUACUGUGACGUCCUAGGUUAUUACUGUCAGUAGUUUGUUGAACUUUGUUGCACUGUAAACAUAUGGAGAAUUAAAGCAAAAAAAUUUGA